UUUUGAAACCAUAUAUAAAUUGGGGAAAUUUCUGAGGUAGUCAUGUGGCAUGAAGCUAUUAAGUGGAUGAUAGUUACACUUGUAACCUAAAACCAUCUAGACAAACGCUAACUCUUGGCAAACAAGGGGGUGUCAUAUCCGUUCAUGACAUGAUAGAUUUCAAAAUAUAAACCAUAGACAUUAAAACAAGAAUAUCUUCCGCGAUUGAAACAGCAUUGUCAUACAUUUCUCCUUGAAGGUUUUCAAAUAAAGAAAGAGGACAAAUUAUCUCAGUUUCUCAAUGCUUUGGCAAAUUUGGUAAGUUUAUGUAGAUUAGUAAACUAGGUAUUUGUUUGCCUAAUUUAUUCGCGAGGUAUUAAUGCGGAGGAACAUGCGAAGACACAUAACAUGCGCCACAAGUUAGCAGCGCUAUUUCCGCAAAUUGUUCAAAGGUCUUCGACUUCCCUUAAGAAGUGGGGCGAUCUUUCAUUAAUUUACUCAAACCACAGAGCGCUAUUUUUCACAGCGUCCAUCUAAUUUGCUAUUGUUUGUUUUGGCGCGGGUCGUUUACAAUGUAGCGCAGGACAUAUAUCAUCAUUUACAUGAAAUGCGCACGUAUCUGAGGGUAUAUUAGGUCACUAAGCUUACUUCAUACCAGACUAUUAUUUCUGAGUUACUGUGCUAUCCGAAACUCGCGUUUAAUGCUAAUGAGUUGUUUUACAGUCUACUAGAUGUGAAAGAGUGUUUGUCUCCGUAUGCAGACAGCACGGGUUUAAUUUAUUAUUUAUAUACUUUAGUGUAUUCAGGGAGGCACAUUUGACUGCGGUUAAGCGUUGACUUGACACAUUCAGGAGUAUUGAAAUGUGAAACGCGUAUGAUUCUCUUUAUUUUAUCCAACUCCGGUAAAUGUAUUUGUAUAAAUUUGUCUAAAUAUACUCCGUAUAUACCCAGAAGAUUGAUCAAUACAGAUAAAAUCACAUUAAGUCUAUGACUUACGAUUACUAAACAUGUGCAUUGGUUGAUUAGAUCUCCAAUUUUCUUUUGUAUUCGGAUAGACGAAAACAACAAUACAAGUUUCUAUAAUGUUGGACAUCGAAUUUGUUUCAAAGUGCAUUUUGUUUGACAACAGAAUGUAUUAAUAACGCAUUUGAGCGGCAGCGGCAUUCCCCUUGACGAAUAAAUUCGUUUGGCGUUAAACAGAGUAAAAUAAUAAAGGCAAGUAUUCAACUAUUUUACUACUAUUCAAUCAUUUGAAUAUGCAAACUUUCGCUCAGAGAAUAAUCGGUUUCCGUACGGUUGAAAUUAGAAAUGCACAUAUGCAGAAGACAAAAUAAUGAAAAUAUGCUAGUGCAAAAAAUAUUUAAUGACAGUUCCAUGGCUAUACCGUGACAGGGCCGUAGGAAGCUCUUUUCGAUUGGGGGCACGAGGAAAUUUUUAAAUCUAGAGUCUCUGAAAUGCCAUUUCCUUUGGGGAAGAUUUGACAGAAUUCUGAUAGUCAGAAAACAGCGUUUUAGUAUGUCGAAAUUUACAAUUUAGUAGUACUAAAUAGGCGAAGGCGUAUUUAAUUAACUAUAUAUUGAAUAAGUUGCAGGUAAGUAUGGGUAAUACCUUCAUUCUUUGCAGUUUGUCACGGAUUAAAUGAUAAAGGUGUGUAUGAUUUUGAAAAAAGAAUGAUUAUUAGCAAAUUAUUGGGGGGGGGCUGCAGACCCCCAGCCCCCCCCCCCCGGUUGCCACGGCCCUGAGCGAAACACAGGUGAUGAUUGAACAGUGUAAUACGUUGACACGCAUAUUCUAAUCCUUCCAAUCUCACUACAUGUUAUAGUUCAAAUUUAUCCCUGCGCAGAACGUGUCAUUUGGAUGCGCAGUGGAAUCUCCGAAUUACGUAAAACUUUGGAUUUAAGUAGAAAAUAUCUUGACAAGUUGCCAUUUUGUUAAUGUACAUUUUGGAAUUAGGAAAUGCUGUUUGACUGUUUAAUUGGUAAAAUCCUGCUCUGCGAUCCUCGCUUAGCUCCAUGAAUUGAUAUAAUACAUAUGAAUGAAUGUCUAUGUACAAAUUUAUAGUAUCUAUCUCAGGGCAGGUGUCAUUCGCAUACAGAAAUAUUUUAUUUGCUGGAUUAAACGUAGCUUAGCCUGUAAGUAAAAUACCUUAACAGGUUUAAAAUAACAUGCAAUGUGUACCUUAGCAGUCAGUACGCAUUUUUCUUGCCCAGAUUGUAUCCUUGCAUAAUUAAAUUUACUCAAAUGAAUAAACACAACUUAUAAGAGGUUUUGGGGGGAUAGAUGUUUAAUAGAGCCAUUUUGGGUACGAAUUUUCGGAUGAAGAAUUUAACAAGUAUAAAAGUUGGUACACAGGGCGUACAAUUCCAACGCGAAGUUGAAAAAUUAACGCGCCAAAUUAAAUAUACAGGGUGUGUCAAAAAAGGAAACCUUUAGAAAUUAUCCUGUUGUUAUAAUUUGAAUGCCUGAGCACUAUGUUGAACGCACAAGUGCGUAAGAUAUUGACAGGGUGCUUAUAUUAAAGAAGGAGAGCUUUAGAAAUUAAAAUAUCCUUGUUAAGCACAAGAUUUUCUGCUGCUGGGAAUUUAAAAUAGCUUCUAAUAGCAUAAAGGAGAAUAACUACACAAAAAAUGGUCAAAUUACAAAUUAGUCAUACUAUCGGUAUGUGUGUCGAUAUAAUGUCACAGAAUAGUAUGGCAAUGUUUAUACGCUAUCAAAAAAGCGUAUAUUAGCGUAUAUUUUUGAAAGAGUGUUGUGAAUUUGGGUUUGAAACUAAAAACUGAACAGCUGGAAAUCGUUGAGACGUUUUGGCAAGUUUUCUCAUUGGAUAUCUGCCUUGACAAGUCGAAGAGCAUGAACUACAAUAGUAAUAAAUUAAGUAUAUUUAUAGUUAUUACUCACACUGCAUCAUGCACACGGAUUUCAGAAAAUAUGAUUGGUUGGAUUGGAAAUAAAUUAUCAUAGUAAUUAGUGGGCGGUUAUCAAAUUUCCUUGAGAUUGUUGCAGGCUCUCAUUUACCCAUUGAGCCUGCCACGCAGGUUACCCUACACAGGGUGUCCCCCAAAAAGUAGAUCUUUUGAAAUUUUUCUAUUUUAAUAAUUUGAAUGCCUGAGCAUUAUGCUGAACGCAGGAAAGCGUAAAAUACAGGGUGUAUUGAAAUACAGACCUUAGAUUAAUAAAUAAUUCGUUAUUUCAAUAGUUUUUGUGGGACGCCCUAUAGAUCUGUAAAAUAGAACAAUGGUAACUCGACAUCUCUAAAGUUGUAAAUGGGUCGCAACGAUGUAAACAACGUUACAAAAAUUGGCUGUGUUUGUGUAUGUUUAUUUAUUUAUUUACAUAUUUGUUCAUACCAUUAUGAUUGUUUUCCAGAUAACGAGUGUUUGAAUUGUUCUCGUACAUUUUGCAGUCAUGGACAAGAAACCCAAGCCAAAACCACGAACAAGGUAUAAGAUUUAAUUUUUAAGUCAUUAAAUAUUCAUGAGCAAAACACGAACGAAACUAUUAAGGUUCUCUUAAAAUGACGCCUGCCUGGUUUCCAUAUAUGGUCGUAAUGUUGGAAAAAUAGAGCCCUUAACUUAUGAUUUAUAUAUGUAAACCACAUAUAAAUCAUAAGUAUUCUCUAGUUAGAAUCACUCCACGUAUUAUUUCCAGUUCGCAAUUGUUGUAUUUCAGCUGAUGAGAAAGAUCGUGUCAUCGUGACUUGAUCUUUACGAGCAGGCUUAAAUAUCUUAUAUACACUAUGAUAGUGCAUCUAAUUAUUCUGCAAUUCAAAAAUUGAAGCCGUGAUUGCAGUCUCAGGUCGUUCCCAUGAAAUGAGAAGAUUCGUAUAUUUCCUAUUUCUUAAACAGGGAACUUAAAUAUUAAGUUAACUCUAUUCCAAAUACAUUUUUAAAGUAUUCAAAUGAUGAAAGUUAUUGUUGUUGUUUAAGCGUUUAUUAGCGAGUGGGAACGACCAACAUGGCCGCCAUCUAUUCAAAUGGGGGUAACCGCUGGAAUAUUCUUGGCUUCAAUUUUACUAAAAGAGAUGCGCUAUCUAGUGUAUAUAAGAUAUCUAUGCUUAAGAUGUAGAACGGCAAAGCGACGACGACGCGGCCAUGCAAAACAAAUUCAUUCAAAUAAACGAUUAUAAAGAAAGCUUAUCGUAUAUUAUCAAUCGUAUGAAUUUAAUACGGCAGCCCGAAGAGAACUAAACAGAGGCUUUUAUUGAGUAGAGUUCCACAUUAGUACUGAACCAAUUUGCCGAGUACCCACUUCUUACAUACUAAAAUGCAAACGUUGUACACAAGAUGAAAAAUCUCUGGUUCACCGGUUGUAAACGGACCGUGGACGACUUCUAAAUCUCCCGUGGGAUCUUAAAUAUUAUUAAUUUCAUUAUGGUUCUAGAUCAUAUAAUAGCGAACUUAAGUUGAGCUAAAUCUAGCACGCGGACGUGACAAAAAAGACAGUUACUUAUGCUUUUCUUUUGGCCAUUUGUUACAGUUUAAAUUUGUUUUUCACCUGUGUCCUUCUUUGUUGACAAAAAGAAUCCAUAUUUUUUACCCGCGUGUUGCUGACACUGCGAAUUUAGGGUGUAUUUUUUGUCACAUCAAGAUUUACCUCAGGUCUCUGUUGUCUUCAUAAAAACUCGGCUAGUGGCUCGUUUUUAAACACACUUCUAGCCAGCAAUAAACGCUUUCUCGUUUAUUUUAUAUUACCAUCAUUAGUAAUUUAGUAUAGUUGUCUAGUAAAAACGUUAUAUUUUAAACACGCUGACCAUGUCAACUUAAGCUGCUUUCCACGAGGGCGUGCAAAAAGAAUAAGAAAUUAGGAGAAGUAAGCUAUUUACAGGGAUUUGGAAAAGAACUAAGUCACAUUGUCUAUUGGUCUAUUUACAACGUACGUUAUUCUAUUGUUACGGUCAAAGGUGUGAGUAGUAAUUUUAUUUUUAACACAAGAGAGAGAUUUGCUCUCCCUUAUCUGGUAGUUUAUUUAUUUAUUUAUUUUACAACGUGAAUAAAAUAUUGUACGUGAAUAAAAUAUUAAAUUUAAGAAAAUACAUAUAGAUGAAGGAAAAAUAAGAAUCCCAAGAAUUAAGACCAACCAAAGAAACAUUAACACACUGAUAUAUUCGAACAAAUAUUAACAGUAUUCGAACAAAUGUUAACAUGAAAAGUGCAUGAAAUGAACCUUUAAAAGCAACAAGUUGGGUUGUACAGUAGGAACGACACUUGGAACGAUAAGUUUGAAAAGGUAGUGAGAAUACAGAUUGUUUUGGAAAGAGGAAAUAGAGGUACAUUCAAAUAAUCCAGUUGAAAAACGAGUCUCCUUGGUAAACAGAGAGAACUUGAUAUGCCUAGGGACGAAACGUCGAUAUUACGUGGGGGGGGGAGGGUGAGCUUGUUUUGCCCGACCAAAAGGGCGUAUGUUGAGUUAUAUAAGAGGAAGUACUUCAUGUUGUGCAGUUAUAGUUAACUCGUUUCCAGUAUAGCAGGCAGAUUUUUCGUAAGUUUUUUUUCUAAUAUAAAUAUAAUAGAAUUUUUUUUCAAAUUGUAUGGAUAUAGCUUACGAGAUCAGCUAAUAGAAACUGGGGAAGGGAGGUCCACACCGCCCGGCAGUUUCGCCCCUGGAUAAUGCCUCGAAGUUCAUAGUUUGUUAUUUCAAUUUCAUGAGUGAAAAGACGUGUCAGUGACCGGAUUUGGGCCCCAUUUUAUUUAGAAGCCUGAACAUUGGUUUUGCUUUUUUCCUCUCUAUUUUAAGAAGCUCCCAGCCUAAUGGCUUAAUGCAAUGCUGAAAGUCUGGAUGCUUCCUUGCUGGAUUCUUCCUCGAGCUAAAAAAUGUCCUUAUUUUUGGUGAUACCCUUAACAUUAUGCCAAGUUGUGUGAUUUUAUCAUCUAAUGCACAUGACAAUUUUGUUAUCUUACUUUACAUUAUACAUGAACAAAAUCAUACGAAAAAAGUUCUCUCUAGACUGGAGGGAACUUUUUCAGGCAAGUAGCUAUACGAAGCACUUCAGAUAAGAAUGCAGAUUGUGUUUGUGUAGUAUUAAUGUAUGCAGUCUUAAAAUGCAAAUGAAAGAAUCAUUAAGAACCGGUCCUUCUCUUCAUAAACGUGUGGCAUUAUGCAUUCCAUAUUUUCAAACAAUUAAACGACGUUUAAGCAAUGUUUCCACGCUGUUCGACGGAACGAUUAGACAUACUCGAAGUCAUUCUAUACCACAGCUUUCCGGUGAUAAGAAAACAUUUGCGAGCGCUCAAGUCAAACUGUGCAUAAUUUUCACACAAGAGCAGUCUCGGCAAAUGCAAUUACUAUACGAGGUCUUGGCGUGAUAUGAUCUGAAGCGGCGACCCUAUGGGCUUCAUUUUCUACUCAAAAGCGAUCCCAGUUAGUCUCGAGAUUAAAACCAAGAUACCUUCGAUUUGGGAGGAAUUGUAUGGCAUAUAACUUCAAGAUAAUUUCAAUUUAGUUUGAAGAAAUCACACAACAUUGUCAUUUGCAGAAUAAUAUCAAAAGGUAAACAGCCACAAAGUUUGCUCAAGGUUUGCGAGUGUAAUCCCUUACAUAUGUUGUUGAUUAAGGAGCGAAUGAUGCUAAAUAUAUUCUAGUUUAAAUUGGGGUUGUUUGCUAGUGGAUUUUAAGAUUAGUCUGCGAUGUUUAUAUCAAGUCGUAUUUGCAAAUGUGGGGGCGCGAAAUUAAGUUGUUGAAUGUUGGCCAUAAUUAGCACCUCCGAAUCAAAUACAUGAUAUGUGUACUGAACAUUUUUCGUUAUUGUAAGAAAUUUUGUUCGGCUAUUUUCGCUAUUUUACUCAUGUCAUUGGAAUUGAUUGCUCGCUCACAUUAUUUUCUGCAACUAAAAGGCGUUUAUUAUAACGGAAAGCCCUCUUUAAAACCGACAAAAGCGUUCGUGAGUCGUCCUGUCUAACUAAAGUGUUUAUUAUGCUCCCAUACUGCAAAGCUAGUUGAGCAUAUCCCCAUAUCCCUUUUUUGUAGAUUUAAUCUAAUUCAAACUGUAAAAUAUUCUAUAUAGAUACUAAUACUAUAAAUCUUAUUAAAUGUUAAGCUGAUAAGUUGUAUGUCAUAGCAUACUGCUAUUAUAUUCGCUAAAUACAGAAGCAAUUGAUUUAGUCCUAGCCCUAGGAUGACAAAUCCAUUCGUUGGCAGUUUAUUCGUGCGGAAUUUUUGUCUUGAAAUAUUCAUAUAUGAAUGUAGAAUGGAAAAUUGAUCGAAACUGCAGUCGUUGCCAUGCACGUUGGUAUCAUACAGCAGUCAAACUGUUUAUAUUUCGUUUUAUUUCAAAUUAAUUAUUAGUACAGCUACGGGAACGUAAUUGUAUAACGUAUCAUUUCAUGUUGGUAGUAAAUCUAAUUUUAAAUUUACACUUCGGACAACAAAUGUUUGGUUUCUAAGUGUGUAAAGCAAAUCGAACCUGCCUGGGCAAAACACUGCCAUGGCGCAAAUUGCUUUAGUCACAGCUUGUUUUACAGAACAAUGCAAUUGAAAUUUCGUUUUUGUCUUCUGAAGACCUUAUGACUUGCAUAACAUAUACAUUGCAUAACACACUCAGACGAGAUAUUGGUCUCAGCGCUUUCGUCUAUAGUUAUUUUAACAGUUUUAUUGUAUGUUAAACACAUGAGCUGUAAAUGUUUUUAAGCAAUUCACUUUUGGUAUUUGCUUGAGGCAUUUCACGUUGAAUUUCGUUUGCAUUUUGCGAUACAAUUCGGAAUUAACGUAGUCACAAUUAUAGAUACAAAUACAUUCUAAUUUUUCUAAAUUUCUUUCAACUUGGUGAUUAAUGUCGCAAAACAGAUACAUUAAAUGUUUCAGGGAACUGACUGAGUGUUAAAAAUGAGUCAGUUCUCUCAAGAAUUUCUUACAAAUCCUUCAAAAUUUCGAAUUUACCUACGCAAAAAUCCAACUGUGAUCACAUGCAGAAACUUCGACAAAGUGUAAACUAGCCUAUACCUUGAGUGUGUGGAAUUUUACAGUAUUACUAUAUUGGUUAAACAUCUCCAUAUAAAAUCGUUGGAACAAGGAAAUUAAGUUCAGUCUAUAAAUGUUUAAACCCUUCAAUGUGCGCCUGACAAUUCACGAUUACAAGUCAUAGCAUGUGGUACUAUGACAAUGUAUGUUUUCCAACAUGAUAUCCGAGCUUCUAAUUUGCAUUCGGUAGCCUAUACAUUUUGCAUUAGGUAAAAAAUAUCAGCCCAACCGCUACACUUACCACAAGCCUCGUUCGUUAAAAAAUCAUUCUCUAGUUUUAUUCAGUUCAUGUGUUGAAACGUUUUACUGAAGGCACAUGCAGGAUGUAAUGAUUUAAAAGGCGAAGCAAUUUUAAUUAGUAUUAAAUAAUUAACCAACACAAUUGUCCUGUACUCACUCUGUAGGCUGUACAAGAUGUGUAGCUAUAUAUAAAUGCAUUUUAUACUGCAUGCACUGCAAUGCAUUUCAUUUCGUUUCUUUUUACGUUGCCUGAUUCAGUGAUUGUUUUCGACAAUUUUAUUCAUGCAUAACGAUAUUCCAUAAACAGUUUAAACGCAGGAGCCAAUAUCAACCAUAGCUUGGUCACGACAAAAUAUAAUUGGCAAAAUGCCUUGUAUUUUGUAAUUCCGGUUUUCGACAUGGUAUCUGACUGUGUGGCUGACGGUUUAAUGGAUUGUGGUCGAAUUUACGACAAUAUUUACACAAGUUACAAGGCAUAACAACUGGUGUUAAUCCUUAGUAAAGUUCUGUUUCCGUAGCGGGCAAUUGUGGGCAUUAACAUAGUCGAAAUUCAUUUAUAUCGUGUAUCUAAAAUGGAGUCCACUUUUAAUGGGUUUGAAGACGAACACGAGGAGAGUUUUGACAAUGUCAAUGAGUAAGUGUUACGUUUGUAUUUUAAAUAUACGAAAACUUGUACUCAUUACUACAACCGGUUUAAACAACAGCUGUGUAUGACUAUAACUCAUAAAUAUAUGUUGAACUUGACAUGCACAUUCAUCUAGCAAUAGCAUUAUCAUCGACCAUUCAUAUAUUGACAUUGGUUCUUAUUUUUUGCCAUUUUUGUAUAGAAUAUAUAUUUCUUUAUGAUCUGUAUCAAUUUGUCAAUAAUUGAAACUAUAUUAGUUUAAUUAACUAUUAUCUGUGAUAUAACAUAAAUAAUUUAAAUGGAUUUUUAGUUGCUUUCAUUGACAUCAAUUGAAAACAAAUUUUUAGUAUAUUAUCGAGUGAGACAGAGCUCAAUAUAUCAAUAGUAUAUUAUAUAUUCUAUAUUCUAUAACUGAUAAUUUGAAAUAUAGUUUAUGCUAUAAUAACAUAUAAAAUAGUCUAUUAAUCAGCUAUAAUUGCAUGUCCGCUGUUUCAUUGACAUUGCAUUGUUUCUCAAAUUCUUUGCAUUUUUUGUAAGGAAACACAUAUUUCGUUAUCCGAAAUUUAAAUCGUAAAACAAUGAUAACAGUUAAAUUUAUCAAAUAAUAAACUAUGUUUAUAGCUAAAUUGUCAUGUUCAUUAUUAUAUUAACGAUUGUAUUUUUAUGAUCGAAUAGCUAAACUGACCAUAUAUGUACAAACAUGAUAACUUUCCUAAACUUAAAGUGUGUAUUUGAUCUAAAAUUGUCGUUAUUUGAAUUUUUGCUAAUUGAAUAUGUCAAUUUUGUAUAUAUAUAUAUAUAUAUAGAUACCGAUUUAUCUCUUUUUAUAAUGUAUAAAUGAUAUAUCUCACAUUAAUUAUCCAUAAUGAUGUAUGUACAAUUAUCCAUAAUGAUGUAUGUACAAUUGUUAGACCGAUUUACACUAAACAACUUUUGCUUAAAACUGUCGAAUGCAACCUGCUUAUAACUUAGGUUAAUUGUACUGUGAAAAUCAAACACAUACAACUCACGUACCUACUGUACGUUGUCGUAAGCUACUUGUGUACUUGAUUUACACAGUACAACUCAUGUUGUAAGCAUGUUGCAUUCGACAGUUGUGUGUAGUGUAAUUGUAAUUAGAAAAUAAAAUGUUAUCACUAUAUUUAUCCAAUUUUUCAAUCAUUUCUACAUUUCUUGCAUAUGAAUAACUUUACCAAAAAUUUUAAUGGGAGUACUAUUACACAUAUAUUAAUAGUCUGCUUUUUUCACUUCCGUCUACAGCCUUGCAGCAUAUAUGUAGAAGUCUGGAAGACUGUAUAAUACCGCAAUUAUUUGUCCCUGGAAUUCUUUUUUAAUAUAUUGACGUCCUGUUGUGUAGAAUUUUGGAACUUUAUUAAUUAAACAUUCUAAAACCAAGGCAGCCAGACAUUUUUAAGAUAUGUGUUCUUAUUUACUUCAAAAUCUUUGUUUUUAGCCUUGAUUUACUUCAAAAUCACAUCAGCCGUACUAUUGUCAUUUAAUCCAAUGAGUAUUUAAAUUUCUGGGGGGAGGGGGUUUGCAAAUUUCCUCUAGGUAGGGGAGAAAAAUUUUGAGGGUCUGUCUAUGACUGUAGCUUUAUUUUACUUUACUUUACUUUACUUCAAAAGUGUUUAUGAAAUUAAAUUUUGCCCAUAUUUUUUUAUUGCAUCACUGAAAAGUAUGUUUAAAAUAAUAAAGAAUGGCGGUUAUAGUUUAUUCAUAUCUCAUUUCAUUCCCAAGUUAUAGUACUUUUUGUUAUUUCGAGUUAUAACGUUACUGGUUGUGUUUGAGAUGGAAGCAAAUGGGAGAAAGUCUAAUAUCCCAGACGUGCUUCAACAAAAUUAAAUGAAAUUUGGUACAGUUGGCAAGUGCACUUGGCCAAACAUUUUGGUAUGUUUAUAUUGUUGUCAUGGCAACAAACUAGCUACCAGGUCUCUCUCUUCCAUUUACCUAAUCCUUUCCCUUCAAGGAAAUAUAAUGCAAUUUUUGCAAUUUUCAUUUAUUGAUAUAGUUCUUACAGACGUUGAGCUAAGUUUAAGGUGUUAACGUUUAAGCUACAAACGUGUUUUUUUUUGUUGUUUUUUUUUCUCUGUUGGUGUUAUGUACUAUAUCUCAAAUGUUUGUUGUAAAGCAUCCAUAUGGUAACUAGUCGGUUGUCAUAACAAACAUAUAAAUAUACAAAAGGUUUUCUUAAGUGUACUUUACUAUAAUCGUACGAAAUAUCAUUUACUAUUGUUCAAUCACCUCUGAGAUAUUAGACUCUCUUCUUUUUGCUACCAUCUCCAGCCCAACCAGUGGGCCUCAUAGCUCAAAAUACAGAAUGCCUGGUAACUUGGGAAUGAGAUGAGAUAUGAACAAACUGUAAAAGCCAUUCGUCACUAUUUUGGACACACUUUCGAGUGAUGCAAUAAAAAAUUGGGGUAAAAUUUCAUUUCAUAAACACGUCUGAAUUGCUUUGUCUGAACUAUUUCUUUGCUUGCAUAGCGUUGAACUUUGUUCUUUGUAUUCUUUGUUGGUGGAAAUAUCCACGUGAUAUACAGUAUAGCUACAUUUUGCAAAGAUUUCGAUCCAUCAGCGCUGAUCUUCAUAUGCUUUCAAGGUCCUAUCAGUUUUACAUGAAAAGGUCAUGCAUAUAUAAAGUUCGACAACGCUUGUUGUAUAGUAAUUAAUUGCACUGGUGAUUAUUGAUGAUCGUCGAUUGUUUAGUUCCACGUGAAAUGGACAGCCAUUCAUACAGAUUAUAAAUAACACCAGAGAGGGCAUCAUAAUCUUAAUUCAAUCAAAGAAAGGGAAUGCGGGUAUUGAGGGGCAAACAAUUAAAAUGCUAAAUUAAGAACUAGUUUGAGCCAAAAUCUCUAAAUUCUUUGGUUGAUUUUUACCAAGCAUUUAUACCUCAAUUUUGUCUAUAACACAAUCAGUUUGAGAGCGCUCCAAAAUAAUGCUGAUGUCAGCAAUGUUGAUCUUUUCAAGAGGAAUUAAUUGUUUGAAUUCAAAAUUUGGGGGGAAUGUUUGUAGUAAUGACAUGAAAAACAUAUAAAACACCCAGUUUUGUGACUCUUGUUCUAAAUUUUCUGGUUUCAAGUGUAACCUAAGAAUUGUGCGGUGUUCAUCUGGGAUUUCAAUUUGCCCCCCAUUACCGCGCUCCCAAAUUUCACCCUCGAUGGCCCCCUCUAGCGUUAUUUAUAAUCUCUAUGCAGCCAUUUGUCAAAAAGCUGCAACUAAGUGUUUCAAGGGACAACAUGUAAUCACAUUGCAACUAUUCCAACGCUGUAAAGACAUGUAUAAAUCGAGCAUAAUUUGGCUGUAGGCUAUAUCCAUUAAAGAAGAACUAUUUUUAACUCUAUCUUCUUAAUCGACAAAGUCAUUAUAGUUACAGCUCCUUAAGAUAGAUAGUUAGAUAAACUGGUUCAUUAACUUGCCUUGCAGCAAAAGAGCUAUAUUACGUAACAUUUACUGCACCCUUUAGAAUAUUUGUUAUAUAUAAUAGUACUAUUAAAUAGUACUAAUAAAGAAGAACUAUUUUUAACUCUAUCUUCUUAAUCGACAAAGUCAUUAUAGUUACAGCUCCUUAAGAUAGAUAGUUAGAUAAACUGGUUCAUUAACUUGCCUUGCAGCAAAAGAGCUAUAUUACGUAACAUUUACUGCACCCUUUAGAAUAUUUGUUAUAUAUAAUAGUACUAUUAAAUAGUACUAAUAAAGAAGAACUAUUUUUAACUCUAUCUUCUUAAUCGACAAAGUCAUUAUAGUUACAGCUCCUUAAGAUAGAUAGUUAGAUAAACUGGUUCAUUAACUUGCCUUGCAGCAAAAGAGCUAUAUUACGUAACAUUUACUGCACCCUUUAGAAUAUUUGUUAUAUAUAAUAGUACUAUUAAAUAGUACUAAUAAAGAAGAACUAUUUUUAACUCUAUCUUCUUAAUCGACAAAGUCAUUAUAGUUACAGCUCCUUAAGAUAGAUAGUUAGAUAAACUGGUUCAUUAACUUGCCUUGCAGCAAAAGAGCUAUAUUACGUAACAUUUACUGCACCCUUUAGAAUAUUUGUUAUAUAUAAUAGUACUAUUAAAUAGUACUAAUAAAGAAGAACUAUUUUUAACUCUAUCUUCUUAAUCGACAAAGUCAUUAUAGUUACAGCUCCUUAAGAUAGAUAGUUAGAUAAACUGGUUCAUUAACUUGCCUUGCAGCAAAAAAGCUAUAUUACGUAACAUUUACUGCGUCCCUUUAGAAUAUUUGCUAUAUAUAGUAGUACUAAAAAAUUGUUUAAGAUGAUUAUUUCAGUUCAAUGCAAAACUACGAUGUGAUCCAUUUGUCCUAAGAACAUAUAGCAAUUAAUGUACAAAAAGCUUGGUUGGGUCUAUAAAUUGGAUUGGCGACGGUAAAUCUAAGUAUAGACAGCUGCUGUGGGAAAGAUAUACACUGAAAAAUAUUGGCAGAAUUUCGACGUUUCUACGGCGAAGGAGCUAGCGGUAUCCACGCAUCCUUCAUAUCGGCUAGCUGUCUGCAGUUCUCAUCUUUACCUGCACUGGCACCGAAGUAUAUAUAUGAAUAUCUGCCAUAAAACACGUGGCAGAGCAAGCUUUCAUGCAAACUAAUUUGCUCUAGGCUAUGUAAAACGUGUACUGCCUUUAUGUCUAUGCUCUUGUCUCGAUGCGCUUGUUAGUUUUCCAUUUAUUUGUAAUUGAUUCACAUAUGUCCUCUUGCGAAAUCUCACAACGUUUUCUUUCGCAACAGACCGGUCAUUACUUUUGGCGGGGGUGGCACAGAAGGGAAAAGGAAAAGGUUGGGUAAAUGAAAAACAAAAAAACUCAAGGGUUGAGAAAUAAAUUUUUUUUUGUCAUUUCCAAAGCAUGAUUCAAAUAUUGAAGACUAAUAGCAAUGUCAACAGUCACAUGUCAAUGCAUUAUCAAUCAGAGUCACUAGCUAUCUUGAUCGGGAGGCAAAUGGUGUCUCCAAAGUACUUGUGCGGACAACAUGAAACUUUAGACUGCAGAAAAUUGCGCAAGCAGUUAUCAAACUCGCGUGGUAAAGGAUAUGUGUGACAACUGAAUGGAAUCCUUUUCUAAGGUUUUCUGGCCAGGGGUGGGUAUUUAUUUUUUAAUUGAUAUUCGAAGUUGGGUAAAAAGAUUGACAUUUUAAUGGUUGGAUCAGCAAAAUGUUUACCAAGAUAAACAUUUCUCUUCAGUGCCAUAAAUAAUGACUGGUCCCUAAUGAACUAUAGACAUGCAUGCAUGCUAGAAAAAAGUACAAACGAAAAGAUGGUACAUGGUAAAUAUAGAAGCAGUAGGUUCUAGCUAGAAAAGUAAGAGAGGGAAGGGAAAGUAAAGGAGGGUUGAAAAUAAUGAAAGAAGGAAGGAGAAUUGAUAUUGGAAAUGAUAUAUAUGGUAGAUAUACUGUAUUCGUGAAAGUAGAAUUUUUUAGACAUUCUAGUGAUGCUACUUAGUACAUUAUAUUGUUCCUAUCCGGGUGUCAUACCAUGCAUUACAAUAUUACACUAUAUCAUAGCACACCAGACCAGACUAUGUAUUACACAACGCAAACCAAAUCAAACCAAACCAAACCAAACCACACCAUACCAUACCAUACCACCACAACAUGACAUAACAUGUUAUGCAAUGCCAUCCCACGCCAAACCAUACAAGUCAAGCCAUUUCAAAUCAUACCAUGCAAUACAAUGCUGCACCACACCACACCAUGGCAAACCAAACCACAUCACACCACACCAAGCGAAACAGCAUCAUACCACACCAUACUACAUUAACUCCAACAUUAAUACGGCAAUUUUACAUAAUUCCUUUCUCUUUUCAGGCGUUAUGAAAAAUCCACCAACCAUGUGGAAAUAAACGACGAUACGCGGGCGGCAUUAACCUCCAACACCUCACCCCGGUUGUUGCCGGGCGUCGGCGACAUUCUACACGAAGUAAAGAACUUAAAACAACAGCUAGCAACAGUUAAAGAAGAGAGGGACGAAUUCAAGGAAGAAGUAACCUUUUUGAAAUACCAGUUAGCAUACCGGGCACAAGUUGAGAACUUACAAAAAGAAAUGAGCGAAAAGAAGGACGCGAAGCCUGGGUCCAAGAAAACGAAGUCAGUACGAUUUGCGGCGAGCAUUGCCGUGAACGAUCGACACCCUUCCGAAGAUGAAACAGAUGAUUCUAUCGAUGGGUCCUCCUUUGAGGAAUCCAUAGACGAAGUCGAUUCUAGUUUCGAUGUUGACGAAUAUGAACGACUUAGGACUCAAACGGAAGAGCUACAAGAUGUCCUAUAUGAUUUUUAUCACGAUUCAAAAAUGGAUGGGAAAAACGGCAACAUACUCAUUGGCGAUAUAGAAACCCACCCGUCGGAGUCGAUAAGCUCUUUAGUAUGCAGAGUGUUGGUUAAUUAUGAUAAAUUAUGCGAGGAACAUCGGAUACUCGAGGAGGAGAAGUCGAAGCUUGACGAAGAUAAGAUUCAGUUAACGAACUCGAUGGCGAAACUUCGCGAACAACUUCACGAUGCUGUUGAUUCAAAUAUCGAGGAAAUUGAAGAUUUGAAUCACGAGAAUGAAAACCUACGUUCUCAGGUUAAAACUUUAGGCGGGAAAAACGCUGACAUUGUCUCAACCUUGAUAAAAGCCCGGGAAGAAUAUAUUAAUCGUUUAAAAGCUAUAAGCGACAUUUCUAAAGGUUCGAACUCUGAUAAACUUCUACAAAGGUUGAAAAACGAUUCAUUAUUGGCCGAUAACGAGCUUAAAGAGGCCAAAAAGCUGGUCGAAAAAGCCGAAGAAAAUAAAAGUAGUAAACUAAAGCGUGUUCAAUCACUACCGUCGACCCUCAGACAAGACUCGGCGGAAAAUUCUGAACGUGGCGGUCUCUUACGCGAGCUUAAAACUUGUAAAAACUUACAAGAAUCACAACGGAAACAAAUUUCGAAAAUUUUAGAUGAAAAGUUAGCUUUGGAGACUCAAGUUUCGGAACUGAAGCGACACGUUGUUUUGUUGAAAGCUGAGAGAAGGGUGAAUGUUAAAACGAAGUCGAAACUGAGUCAAACUGAAGGAGAUCAAGGAAUCGAGACGAGGGUUAAUGGGUUGAAAGAUCCAGAACCGACAUCUAGCGUUGAGGUGGAAAGCCUCACUCGAAGGAGUAAAGAUCUUGAACAAAAGUUGGAGCAAGUUAAACAAGAGAAAUUAGUCUUGGCAGGAGAGAAGACAUCGUUGCUGUUGUCGUUCGACGCAAAUAUUGAAAAGAAGGAUGCCCUAGAGGCACAGCUCGCUGCUUUGCAAGAGAAAAUGAAUGAACGUGGACAACCGAGGGCAUUGGGCACGAAUACGGUUUCUACACAAACCGAUGGUUCAUUUGAAAAUGUUGAGAAACCACUUAGCGAAACCGAUGGUGGCUUCCAAGCGGGAUAUAAAGGCAUUUCUGAAGCAAAGGUAAGGAUUGAGACCCUGAUGGAACAGCGGCCUCUGCCUUGUAAUGGACAAAUAGUGCUUUUAACCUUACAAGUGCCACAACCAGGGAUCAAUUUAACGGUCGGCCACCGGCCAUUAGCCGAGCAAAAUGCUGAUAUGGCUGUCUACUGAUUACUUUCCACGGACAUUAUGGCCGACCGUUUUGUCUCAUUAACUGAUUUGAAUAUUUCUUCCUUUAUUGUUGCAAAUCUUUUUAACAAAAUCUGCAAUCUUUAACACAUGCGAGCGAAGUUUCCGUCUGCUAGACAAUCAUAGAAUUAAUCUGACUUCGUCCCGAUCCACACAAAAAGCUAUGUCAUCUCAAUGUCAUUAUGCAUAUGGUUUUGGACUUUUGGUAGUUGUUACGGUUUUGGUUUCUAGUACUGUAACAACUGACAACGUCCCUCUUGAGAAUAAUUAAGUGUCCGAUCAUGUCCGACCAAAACAUGAGUUGGUCUGACACAAUGUCAGACAAAGUUUUCAGAAUUAUAUUGAACUCUGGCCACAACCUUUCUUAGGCCUCAUUUACAGUAGCAAUUUUUGCUGCGAUUUUUGGUCUUCUGAUGGAUGUGAACGAGUGGAUAAGUUACGAAUGUUCGGAUGAGGGUACAUGUACUCCCAACAUUGGUAACUCAUAUACUCGUUCACAUGCAUCAGAAGGAGAAAAUAGCACUAGAAAUCGGAGUAAACUGGCCCUUUUGGUAUACUCCGAUUUUUACCUGUAACCACUCAGGGCGCUUAUAUAUAGUUCGUUUUCACGGAUAAAAAAAUAAUGAAAUGAUCAGAAGUAUCUUUUCUUUGCGCGAGUUUAUCCAGACAGAUCAUCCACGACUAUACUAUAACUCGUUCUGUUUUCAUAUCAUUUAGGUGGAAAUUGAGAAAAUCCGUGUGCAAGAACAAGAGAAACAGAUCGCCAUUUUGAAACGAGAGAACGAGGCCGUGAAGGAAAAACUGAAGAAAGCUGAAGAAAUGUCUCAAACCUUGCAGAAUUGUUUGAAAGAACUCACGGAUGAAAAACAUGAACUGCUUGACUCCAUUGAGGAAUUGAAUGAAGAGAAAGCCGAGCUGGAAGAAGCCAGGUUAGCAUUGUUCGUUUGUUUGUUCGUUUGUUUGUGUGUCUGUCUGUUCCUUUUAGUAGUGGUCGCGUGUUUGUGCGUCGAUUGGGCUUUUCGAGCUUAGCACAGUUUGUAUAGGCCCCCGAUCAAAAACGACAAGCGACAAUUCCUAUUACAGACUAACUUUUUUAUCUUGACAAAAAAAAGUAUAUUCCCGCGAAGAGCAUACUAAAAUGAGUAAAAUUGCAAAGUUUGGUUACGAAAUGUUGUAAAAUGUGGAAAAUAUAGCCUUGCAAAGUUCGCAAAUUUGUAUACUUUUGUAUUGCGUGCGGAAAUUGCUACUACAUUUCGGCCGAAAAUGGUAGCAAUUUCCGCACGCAAAAGUAUACAAAAUUUGCAAACUUUGCAAAGCUAUAUUUUCCGCAUUUUACAACAUUUCGCAACCAAACUUUGCAAUUUUACUCAUUUUAGUAUGCUCUUUCUUAUGGGGGGUGAUUUGCAUCUCUUUGCCUAGUUUUUAAAAUUAGUCUACAAUGGGAAUUGUCUGUUGAAGUAUCUGUUUGUAUGUCGGUUUCUCUGUAAGGCAGGCAGGCAGUCACUGAUAUGUCGAUUAUUGACAGUUUAUUGUGUCAUUUAAGGUCGAAACUCGAAAAAGAACGUGGUGGAACAAGGCGGGAAAAAUUUGUCGCGGAUGAAGUGAGUGAUAUCCGAAAUAAAGAACGAAAAGUUGGGGACAAUUUGGAAGCGAAUAAAGCAAAAUUGGCUCAACUUGAUUUGAAAGUUGUUGAAGUCUUGACGCUGAUUGGUAACGAAGGGAUUGGAAACAAGGAAAUGAAAAGUGACCCGGAUAAAGGUGUUGAGGAUAUAAUUGGGUAAGUGUGGACAUAAUGUGAUCUAUAGAAACUGAUGGGUAUAUGUGGGUUUCACUAGGAAUAUCGUGGUGCAGAUAGUUUAGUUUAUUGAGUUUCUCGCUCUUUGGUGAGCGGAUUUCCCAACAGGCUAUUGCCCAGUUGAUAGGGCCAAUUCUUAAUAGAUAUUAAAAAUUACAUUGAAAUAUUAUUAAAGGAUAUUUAUUACCACGCCCAAACCAUGCCCACGCCACGCCUCGGCCACGCCCACUUUGUCCGCAAAAAGUGAGACGUGGACCCCCCAAGCACAUAGCCUUCGCUACGCCCCUGCCAGGGGAUCCGAUGUACCUACGAUUUAACGUCCUUAUCCGAGAAGACGCGAAACCUAAACAUUUACCGAUGUUAAUGUAAAGGUAGCUCUUUCUUCUCAGUUAGUUUAAGACCUUGAGUAGAGAUCCAACUAAGGAUUGAACGUGGGUCUCUCAGCUUGAAAGGCAAGUGUUCAAGUGACCACGACACCACAUGUGCUGGUAUAUAGUGCAUAGUCUUUCGCCUCUGACCGAGGUCCAAUAGGCAGUUGUCUCAUUAUUAUCUCGCCUCUGCAGAGUGUUAGCAGAGUGCUUGCAGUUUGAGUCUACCAAACACCACCGGUUUUCUCCUGCAUUGCAAAAAGACCCUGUGUAAUUUGACUCAAGAAUUUGAGUAAAAUAAUGCACCAACAUGCAGUGACUCAAAUUUAUGACCGAAUUUACUCAAUCUUUGGAGUAAAGGUUCAGAUUUGCUUGCUGAAUGUUUUGAGUAAAGAUUUGCUUUACUCAAAAUUGAGUAAGUUUGCUCAUAAAUUUAGAUAAUGUUACUCGAUAGUUUGAGAAAUUGUGAAUCCAAUAUUUCACUGACAUUUUUUAUUCAAAACGUUUUGCAGAGUGCAGUAACUCGUAACUCUAACUUUAGGUAAUCAGUAUUAGGUUUAGGAAUAAACAACUUGUUAUUAGAAUUCCUGAGAGUAUAUUGACACCUUCUAGAGAUCUUUAAAUGGCAUAUGACUCGAAAAUUGACGAUGUUAUUUUUUAGUCUAAUUUGAAAGAUCAUUGAAAACUGUAACUUCUUUGACAGAUUUUUGUUUUGUUGCUUCGUUUUGGAGAUAUUUCAUUUUGUAUGAUAUGCAAAGGACCAAUUUUCUACGUCACGCAUUCACUAUCAAAUAAAUUCGCUCAAAAUGAAUGAUGAGCACGAGAUUUGUCCACAACAACACCCAUGUAGGUUUUCUACUGAUUGUGUUUAGUCGUAUUAAAGAUUACAACUUUUAGGGCAAAAUCAUCGGCAUAUGUGACGUAGGAAGUUGGUCCUUUGCAUAUCAUACAAAAUGUAAUAUCUUCACAACGAAGCAAGAAAACAAAAAUCUAUCAAAGAAGUUACUCUACAGUUUUCAAUGAUCUUUCAAAUUAGACUAAAAAAUAACACAAUCAAUAUUCGAGUCAUAUGCCCAGCUGAGAAUAGCAAGGAUGUCUGGAGCUAGUGAGCAACCAAUCUGAUUGCACGAAAAGCACUAUCCCGCCUCCCGAAUAUAUGCUAACUAAGGUUAGUUUAUUUCAUGUUAUAGUAAUACUUGAUUUGUUUCAUUUCAGUUCUCUUUUAUCGACUGUGGAAAACCUCAAAGUCACCGUGACCAGCUUCAAGACAGCGUACGAGAAAACGAAAGGCGACAGUUUGCGCACGAAGAACGAGCUUGAAGCACUAAACCUCAAGAAAACGGAAUUAGAAAAUCUAGUCGAGAAAAUAACGAAACAGAAUCAAGAAAUGGUCGAGGCUGCUGAAGGGGACAAGAAAUCGCAAAAGUCACAUGAGCUUAAGAUUGAACGACUUAAGACAGAAAAUGCGAGGCUUGAAAGAGAACUGGGGGGAGUAUGCGCGACGAAAACUGGGUACGAGAAAUCUUUGGCGCAGUUGCGGCGGCGCGAGGAAGACUUGGGCCGACAGUUGAAGAAUAUUUCCAAUAAACGAGACGAUUUACAGAAAGCGUUCGAUCUUCUGAAGAAAAAAAAUACGGAAUCAUCUGCGUUACUUGCCGGUUCUACGAAUGACGUCAAAGCGGUCCGAAGUGAAAACGAGAAGCUUACGGCGGAACUCGAGCAACUCCGAGAGGAUCUCGAAGGAACGGUUGAGGACCGAGACGAGUUGCUAGAGUUACUAGAUCGCAUUGUAUGCGAGAAUGGUACGGGUGAAGAGAAGCUGGGUCUGGGACAGAAAGUCGAGCGAAUUCGCGAGAGGAGUAAGUCCGACGAAGCUUUACCCACUGUGGGAAUCAAUGAUUCCGGGAGGACUAAAUUCGUAGGGGAAAAGCUCGUGGUGGCUAGCGAAAUGAAUAUGGAUUACGCCGCGGCUGGGGAAAAUGAGUUGUUUGAGGAAAAGGGGAAAAUUGAAAAGGAUGGCAAAGGAAUGGAAGCAUUGCAAGAGGAAAAUCAAAAAUUGAAAGGGAUGGUGGCAAAAAUUUUGAGUGACCAAAAGAAAAUGGAAGUUGUACUCAACUCGCUCUCUGAAGCUAACGCUGAAGUAAAACAAGGUUUGUAAUCGAUAAAAUUGGUUAACUUUCUUUCAUGAGAAAUCAUACUUAACUUUUGGCAACCGAAAAUUUCUUGGUCUCUAUUGUUUUUGAAGUUUCCGCAUGUCUGGGACCAUAAACUUUUGUUGCCCGUCACAGCGAAGUCAAGAAAAUGUUUUGUGUUUGUUUUCUUGCAUGCUUCUUGAGCAAUACCCAAUUUAAAUUAAAAUAAAAUUAAUUAACAGAAUAAAAUUAAUCGGUCAUUUAGUAUUUUUGUUCGGCAAAUAGAAAGGUUAAGAUACCCCGGUUCCGACGAGUAUCGCCAUUUUGUUUACCAAUUUUUGCUGUCAUGUCAGCUUUUUCCUCCGUAAUUUCUACCCAUUUAUUAACCAUGAUCUACACGUAGAAGACAUACGGGUAGGAGUGUUUUCUGUUUACUAUUUGUGGGCCGUUUAAAUAGUAAACAUUUUCAAUAUCUUACCCAAAUAAAUAAUGCACAUAUGCUUGUCAAAGUUUUCAACAAUCUAUGGCGAACCUCAACAGAAAAAGUUACCAUUCUCUGAUAGGUUUUCUCACGCCGAAAUAUCUUGGAUUUCUUAUGUUAACAAGUCGUACCCCGAUUUACGGGUACGCCGUACAGGUACGUGUAUAUCACCCGUACCCAUAAACCGGAACCGGGGUAUCUUAACCUCUCUAAUGACCGAUUGCCGCCCGUUAUAAACCACAGUACUGGGCUAGUCUUGUGUAGUCGCAAAUUAUAUUGCAUUGAUGGGGCUCUAUUCUCCAAUCUGUAACCCGGCAUCAGGCGGCAUGCAACUUGUGGCAAGGCUAAUAUUUCGGCAACAAUGUUUCCUACUUUGCCCAGGGCUUAACCUUUUGAAAUUUUAUAUCCGGCUUGAAACUAUUCGUGAAUUUAGAUUACUUUUAUUACUCUUUUGUUAACCAUGUGGAUUAACUGCUUAAAAUUCUGAAUUUAUUUAACAGCAGUUAGCGAAUUUUUCACGCUUCUUAAAAUCAUCCUGUGAUUAUUAUAUCAGUACUGUAUAAUUUUGGGUAAUCCUGAUAUUUACCCAUGUACCUUACAACAGCAUCACCUUGCGGUUAUAGAGCUCGACAACUGGACUCUGUAGCUCAGUUGGUUAGAACUACACACUAUAAAUUUCGAGGAGUUAAUUGAAUGAACUCCAAAUGUGUUAUUCUGUAAACGUUUUUGGUUUACAGAAUAACACUUUUGGAGUUGAUUUAUCUCUUUAAUAUUUACAGGGUAUAGUUUUAGAUUGAGAUGACUAUUGACGGAAUAUUUAUAAAAGGAACAGCUGCGAAAAAUGCAACUUUAGGUCCCUGGCAGGAAUUGAACCUGCGGCCCUGCGAUUCCGAUGCAGCGCUCUAACCAACUGAGCUACAGAGGCCAGUUGUCGAGCUCCAACCACAAGUUCAUGUAUAUAUACUAGGGUGCUGCCAUGUAUUUAACAGUUAUUCUACGAACUCGAGUCGAAUAUGAGCUGAUAGCCGAUGCAGUGGCGUAACGGAAGAAGAGAGGCCCUUAGACAUGUUUGGUGUGGGGGCCCCUGUUGACUGUCAUUGUUUGACUGAGUCUGAGAUCUUAUAUUUAUAUUGAAUAUUUAUAGAUGUUCUGAAAAAUUAUGUGUCUAUAUAACAAUGACAAUAGCAGUCUUCAAUAUAAUAACAACUUUUAAGAAAACUUGUGUUCUAUUUGAGAUGGAAUAAAAAAAUCAGCUACCGUCGUCGACGGAGGCUUUAUUAUUUAGCAUUAUUAAUUUUGUAUUUUCCCAUUGAUUCUUAACCUGCAUUUUUUACAUUUUCUAAUUUUCUGGGCGAUAGGCCGUGGAUGAUGGGGCCAUUAACUGUCGGGGGCCCUUAACUGUCGGGGGCCCUUAACUGUCGGGGGCCCUUAACUGUCGGGGGCCCUUAACUGUCGGGGACCCUUAACUGUCGGGGGCCCUUAACUGUCGGGGGCCCUUAACUGCCGGGGCCCUUAACUGUCGGGGGCCCUUAACUGUCGGGGGCCCUUAACUGUCGGGGGCCCCUAACUGUCGGGGGCCCUUAGUUUUUGAACUAACCCUACCUAAUGAGCGUUACGCCACUGAGCCGAUGAGGCGCGUAGCGCUCUAUCGCUCUUAUUCGACGGCUAUCGCUCUUAUUCGACGAGAGUGAGUGGAAUAACUGUUUUAUUAUAUACACAAGGUCUGAAUUCACAGACUUUGCUUUUCGGAUAUUUUCAAUAUUUUUCUAUUUUGUUUAUGUUUUUAUCUUCGCUCUUUCGGCCGAUUAUUUUUUCAAUAAUAUAUAUUUUUAACCAUUUUAAAUUUUAAAAAUUUAUUUGCUAACCUAAAAACAAUUUGUGGGAGUUUUUUCAUUGUGUUUUUAAUCCUGUAAAGGCUAUAAAAAGCGACAACUUGCCGUUUUCUCGUUUGCAAAACAUCGUAAAUUCAGUUUGGCCGCCAUUUUGUUUUUCUCUACUAGCAGGAUAUGAGCUAAUAUCCUGCUAGUAGAGAACCAAUCAGAUUGCAGAAUACCUCAUAUCCAGACCUUGUGUAUAUAAUAAAGGUUAUUAGACCUAACCAGGACCAGAAGCGAAAAAUACAACUUGAGGUCCCUGGUUAGGUGUAUUAAAUGUAUAUAAAUUUCCACUCGACAAUUUUCAUCCACAAUACCCAUCAAAUAUCUCUAAAAGGGUAUUGGUUUCACAGGUGCCAAUUUAUGGAAGAAUUUACCAGUUCAAAUUAGAAACACUGAGAGCUUAGCAAGUCUCGACUCGCUUCUACGUGCAGCUAACCUGAUAUAAUUUCAUUUGUAAUACCCUUAAUUAUGUAGUUGUGAAUUUAUAUCCUUAGGCUUACUUUGUAAUUUUAAAUUUUACCUGUUCCCCUUUCGAAAUUAAUUUACAUUGAAGGGGUUAGCGUGUUUAAAUAAGUUUACCUUACGUUUAGCUUUGCAGGAAGUAGGAUUAAAACGCCUAGUGACGUCUAAACAAUUAUUCUCUUCAGGCUUGGAGGAAUCAUUGGAGCAUACCGAACAGAUACGACUACAGGGAUCGGAAAACGGUCGUGGUCAAGGCGCGGUGGACUUCGCUCCCGAUUUCUCUACGACGUCCGACGAAAACGCCGAACUUCGCCGUCUUCACGAAGCGAUGGUGGGCACGAAUGAAGCCCUGAGCGCGAACCUACGCCGACUGCACGACGAGAAAACCCGAAGCGAGCAAUUGAAAGCCUCGUUUCAGGACGUCACCAGAAAGAACGUCGCUUUGGAGAAAAAUAUCGAAAGUUUGACAAAAGACAAGGAAAGGACAGGAAAGGACAUUUUAGACUUGGAAAAGAAACUGAGAGAUUCGGGAAAGGAAACAAAGAAAGCGAAAAACGAAAAACUCGAUUUGGAAAGUAUGUUGGACGAAAAUAACGGCCGAGUCAAAGACUUGAAAUUUCAAAUUGAUUCGCUGACCGAAAUUAAUCAAGACUUACGCGAAACAAACGAAAAAUUAAGCGGUUCCUCCAAGGAAUACGAGAAAAAAUGGUCACAAUUAAGCAAUAGGUUUGACGAACUUGAGUCCCAAAACGAAGACCUCAAAAAAGCGAAAAAGCGGCUGGAGGGGGAAUUGGCCGAGCAAGGUAAACAAAAGACUGGGCUCGAGAAAGAAUUCGCUGAGCAAGAUAAACAAAAGACUGGGCUCGAGGAAGAAUUGGCCGAGCAAGGCAAACGAAAAACUGAGCUCGAGUCAGAUCUUGAAAAGUCGAAAGACACCAUUGUCUCGCUUCAAGCCGAAAUCUCAAGUUACACUAGAAAAGAUUGCGAAGUGAAAAAGAGCCUGGAAACGAGUGAACGCGAAUUAAAAUCACUUCGGGAAACAGCAGGCAAGGUUACUAAGCUAGAACAGGACGCCCAAGCCGCAGACGCGUUGAGAACUGAUAUGGAAGACAUUAAGAAAACGCUAUCGGAGCGAGAGCAGAGGGUCGCCGAACUUGAAAACGACGUUACUCGGUUGAAGAAAGAUAUUCAAAACUCGCAACGGUUUGUGAAAGCUGUGAGUCAGGAGAAUGAUACGCUACGAGAUUCGUUAUCGGAAUGGGAGCGAGAAGCGAGCAAGUUACGUAGACAUGUUCUUCAACUUUCACAGGACGCCGAGAAUCAUAACCACAGCGGGGAAGGCAAGAAGGCCUCGAAAUCACAAGAGAUCGAUAAGGUAGGUCACUCUUGUUUACACCCGCUUGGGAAUUUUGCUAGAAAGGGAUUAUUCAAUUAAGGUUUUAGAGGCUUAGAUAUAAAUCGUAUAACUUCCUGUGUUUUAAAAGUUGUAGCGUGUUGGUAUGUGUACAUGCAGUAUACAUAUACCAAGUCCAUCAAUGACAGUUUGAUUUAAGUAUACGUACUUUUCAGAUUUUAUGGUAUAUUCUCGCCAGGCUAGACUUCAAACGGUUGGUUCUCAGCGUAGGGCCUUAAGAUGCGCGUCCUUUGUGGCAGAAUUUCGCUCGCGUAGGAGGUUAUUUUGAAACACACGUCCUGUGUGGCACACUCAUAAAAGUUUAAACUUGAAGUGGUCGUUCUCAGCGUAAAGAGUGUAGUCUUGAAAUACAUCUCCUUUCUAACAGAUUUUCGCUCGUCUGAAUGCCAAACAGUUACUAUACUGAUUUCUCAGCGUAGGUAGUGGUUUUUGAAUGCACCUCUUUGUGGUAGAUUUUAAACGUCUUACGCUCAUUUAAACAUCAAAAAAUUUGUUCUCAGAAUAGGUAACACUCACUCGUUCUUUGUGUUACAUUCCCGCUAGCCUAUUUCGAAUCUAUAUCAAAUAUGGGGUUUUGUCUGUAAUUAUUCCUUGUUAUACGAUGCUAUUCUCGUGUAUUCGGUAUUAUAACAAAAGCGUUGUUGUCAAAAAGGGGAUUAGUCAACAAACAGUUCUGGAUUUGAGAGCCGGUUAAUUAUGUUCUUGUGUUAAAAUAAUAAAAAUAUAUAGUAUAAAAUGUACUUGAAACUAAGUGCAUAUAUAUUGGCCCGCUUACAGUAUUUAUACAGUAUAUUAGCCGCUAUGUUUUGUUUCAUAAUCAUUGUAACGGCCUGUUAACAAAAUGACAUUGCAAAAUUUGCUAUUUCUAAAGGAAUAUUUACAUAAGCAAUAUCUAUUGCGAAUUUACUCAUGAAAGUAUACUUGUUUUGACUCGAGUACUUUCGUGAGUUCUCCACUCAAUCCCCGCCAGCCGAAGUCACAGAAAAUCCUCAAUAUCUUGCGUUUAAACUGGCAUUUUAUAUUAGCAAAUCCAGAUAUUUCUAUACCGCCAAAAUCGUGGGCAACUGUUCACAUUGUAUUAUUGAUCGAUCCCAAAACACGCAAAUAGACGUCUUCGAAGGUAUUUUACAACUCAUUAAAAGCAAUUUUAACUUAAUUUGGUUAUAAAGUGUUCACACAAAGCCAAAGGCAUGAUCGGUAUUUCUUAACCUUUGUGUUCCACCAACGUCAUACUGAGUUAGCUCUGAUACACUAACUAUUUGCAUAAAUCUUUGGCAGCAACCAUUCCAGCCACAGUGCGUGGUAACAGUGCUUGUGUCUUUCAUCUUUGACUUUGUGACUAGUGCUCGGGAUGUCGAAUAUGCAAGCUAAACUUGAGCAGAGUGUUUCCAGUUUGACUUCAUCAAACACCGCAUCAUCACGUUUUUUCCUUCUGUACUAACUGGGUCAUGGAUAUGGCAUGAUCCUCGUAUUAACCGAUAGAGUUAUCCUUUAUCUUUUGCUCUCUUAUAUCGCCUUUCCGUUCUUUGUUUCAAAAUCCCCCUCUCCAAGGAAACAACGGACUUUGAGAUCACAGACAAAAGUCUUUUAUAUUUCGUCCAAAAAAUAAUCAAACAUUGUGAUAGUCGGGAAACGUCUACGUUUUUUUCCUUCAACAAUCAGAAGAUUGUACAAAAUCAUUUGACAAAGUCAUUUACAAAAUCAUUUUACAAAAUAAUUUGACUCGAUCGCUUCUUACUAGAAAUUGCUUUACGUACUUUUAGACAAAAGCCUUGCGAGAAUUUACCAUAUCCACUACAGUAUCGAGUCAUUCUUCUAAACAAUUGUUUAAUUAUCGGCCAAUGCAAAUAGCAGGCAAAUCUCGUAUAGGAACGUACUCAACCAGAACGAAUUUUGUGUGGGAAACUAUAUGCAGCCGUGAUAUAUAUCUGAACUACCUGGAAAGAUUUAAAUGAUUGGUGAAACCUUUCACUCGAUAGUCUUUUUAUUUUUUUUUUCAUGUAGUGUACAAACCACGGCAGCUUAUUGUAGAAUACUACCUACACUAGACCAUCACGUUUGAGAUUUCUUUUCCAGGCACAGCCCACGAAAGCUUAUUGUAGAAUACUACCUACGCUGGACCACCACGUUUGAGAUAUCUUUUCGAGGCAGUUCAGACAAAAUCCAUAACAGCUUAUGUAGAAUACUACCUACACUGGACCAUCAUGUUUGUGUAUCUUUUUCAGCAAGUUCAGACAAAAACCACGACAGCUUAUUGUAAAGUACUACCCACACUGGAUCACAACGUUUGAGAUAACUUUUUCAGGUAGUUCAGACACAAACCACGACAGCUUAUUGUAAAGUACUACCCACACUGGACCACCACGUUUGAGAUAGCUUUUACAGGUAGUUCAGACACAAACCAUGGUAGUUUGUUGUAGCAUACUACCUACACUGGAUCACCACGUUUGAGAUAACUUUUUCAGGUAGUUCAGACACAAACCAUGGUAGCUUAUUAUGGAAUACUACCUACACUAGACCACCACGUUUGAGAUAUCUUUUUCAGGUAGUUCAGACACAAAUCACGACAGCUUAUUGUAGAAUACUACCUACACUGGACCACCACGUUUGAUAUAUCCUUUCAGGUAGUUCAAACACAAACCAUGGUAGCUUAUUGUGGAAUACUAUGGAACAGCACAUUUUAUAUUUCAUCAGAGAAUUAUACAAGACAAACUCGGCCGGGUACGUUAGGGGCUCAUUCAAAAACAAGUUUCUAAUGUAAUCCCUCUUUUAAUUCGUCUAGGUGAGGUCGGUGAAGGCGUUUGAGGCGAUGCAAGUCGAAAUGGACGCCAUUAACAAGCAUUUGAAAUCUCUGACCACCGAAAACCAAGAGCUUUCCACGAAACUGGAUGCCCUUACCAAAGAAAACACAGCAGCAAGGGACAGAAACAUUGAACUGUUGACUCGUUAUGACAUGUUAGGCAAAGAACUGGAAAAGAAAACAGCUGAAAUGAAUAAACUGAGCAAGGACGGGAAAGAUUCGCGCUCGAAGAAAAACAACGAAAAACAUGAAAAAGAAAAGAACUCGCUUCAAACGAAAAUUGAUAAGCUGGAACUAGAAAACAAGCUGCUGAAAAACAGUUUGGCAAAUACUUUAGACGAACAGAAACGGCUUGCAGAGAGUUUAAAGAAUUUAGUUGAUGGCAAGAAAGUCCAAAGGAAAAAUAGCGGAAAGUCGAGAAAAGAUAUUGUUAGCGAAGAGUAUGAAAUACGUACGGAGAUUUCCGGACUCACUACGACAAAGCCCGAUCUGAUCCGAGAUUCCACCGAGGUGAAGGACGAGUACAUGAUCGUGGAACAGCGGAAAUACAGAAGCGAGUUAUCCACGGUUGAAAACAGUGGGACCGAGGCGGACAUUAAGGACUUGGUUGCCGAUUUAUUAAAAGGACAAAUGAACCUGAAAGGUUAUUGUCAUGAAAUUUCGAAGGUUGUUAAAGAUAAGACGUCACACAACUCAAAGGACGAAGUCGAUGGUAAAGGUAUAAACGAAGCGAAAGUUAGUUUGGACACAACAAAAGCCGAGUUGGAGAAGACAGCUGAACUCAAGAAAGACUUGGAGUCUAGUUUACAGAAGAAGGAAGAAGAAUUGAGCAAAAGCGGCGAGGAGAACGCAAAACUCGAAAGCGAGCUCGCAAACAUUAAAGAAAAAUGCGAAAAACUACAAACUGUAUUUCGUAAACUGAUCCUUGUGAUGAAUGACAAAAAAGCCGGGGAGAAAAAGAGCGGCGAAGAAGGGGAAGGGCCGACGAGUAUAAUCGACCAGAUUAAAGGUAUUAAGAAGAAAUACACGACAUUGAUAACUGAAAAAGAGAACUUGGAAUCGAAAGUUUCCGAAUUACAAAAAGAAAUCGACGAGUACAAAGCCAGGGCGAAGCAGGUGGAAGAGCGGACCAAGGAUAGCAAGAAAAAACAAGAAAAGUCUGAGAAUAAAAGCUCUUCGGAAGACAAGGAAAAAAUCUUAAAUGAACUGUUGUUAUCCACGGCUCGGAACAAAACACGGUUGCUUGAAAAGCUACAAGAAAUAUUCGACGAGUUCUCAAAAGUGAAGUCAAAACUCGAUAAAGAAUUGGAUAGCCAAGAGAAAGAAUCAAACCUGGAGAAAAUAAACCAAGAGUUUUCAGAGUCUAUUAUGCAUACCGAGAGAUUUAUACAGUCAGUCGCUCAUGACCGGCCGGUUACGGUCGUCGCCGAUUCGGCUGACGAGAAGGACCCGAACUUGGAACUAGCAAAAGAGAACGAAGAGCUGAUUGGACGAAUCAGUGCCGUUCAAUCGUCACGACGGCGGGAAUCGAAGAACUAUAAAGAUGAGUUGACGAAAAUUGAAAAGAAUAAAGUGGAAGCUGUGAAAGCUGAAGAAACGAAGUGGAAGGAUGAAAUGGAGAAGAUGAAAGCAGAAUUUGAGAAGAAAAUAAAAGAAAAGGAACAAGCUGCAACUGAAGUGAAAAAUUCGUUAAAACAAGAAAUAAGUCAACUGAAGCUUGACAUACGAAGAAUAUCUGACGAGCACGAAGUCGCACAAAGGACUGCUCGCAACGAAGCUCGUUUGGCCGCUGAAAAGUUGGAAGAAAAGAUUAAACUCCUGAAAGCAGAGAUGGACAGGAAGCUGUUGGAGAAGGAUUCAAAAAUAGUUGAAGUUAAACGCAAAGCCGACUCUGGCGUGAAGGAAAACGCGCAAAUGGCGGAAAGAGAAAUUUCACAAGUGCGCGCAAAUUGGGCUGACGCUGAACGGAAACUGCGCGUCGCGUCCGAACAGAAAACUGACGCGGUUAGAGAAUUGGAACGAGUCAAACAAGAUCGAAGCGAGGAAGGAGGCAGAUCUGCGCGUGAUCUUCAGAAACUUAAGGUGGCACUGGAGAAUGUUCAGAAACAGGCAACCGAGAGAGAAGAUGGGUUUAAGAAGGAAAGGGAUAGAUUGCAGAGGACUAUAGCAAACCUUGAAGGACAAGUUAGGAAUGCUGAGAUGACUGGGUUAGAACGCACUCAAACUAAGAUCAGCGAGCUCCAACGCUCUCUCGACGAGUUAUCCAAACAAAAACAACAAGUUGAAAUGGCAAGGCGAAACUCCGAACAAAAUCUGGUUGCAGAAAACGAGAGGCUGAGAUUUGAAACGUCGAGAUUGCAACGCGAACUUUGGGAACUUAACCAGCAACGUAGGACCAAUGGGGGUAAUGAUAUACAAAGACGUCCUGAUUCCAACAUAUCCUCCGGAGAACGUGUGAAGGUGAUGGGCACGGUGAGACAAGCCCCGAUAGAGAAACCCCGCAUGGUAACCCCUGUAGAAAGUGCCCCAGGACCUUUCCCCGGUGGUCCAGGUCUUUACCCCAGUGACCCACAACGCAGAACUGUAAAGGUCCGGGAAGGUCAGGCAACAAGUGUACAUGUGACUCGCGUCCAGGACCAACGAGUACGGCGGAGUAGCGAUCAACGUGACCCGAUAUCUGACGAGCUCAAUGAUUCCCCAAAUGCGGUGAUCCUGGCACGACCCAUGCAAGCCCGCACGCAAGCACACCCACCGCCUCAAAAACAGGCAGCUCCGCCGCCUCAAAAACCCCAACCCGAGUGGGAAGCACGGCAAGACAAUACAUGGCCUAUGAGGAAAGAUCCCUCUAAGUACCCAUCUAACAACACACGUUACAAAGAUCCACCCGCUCGCGCGCAACCUUCAUCGCCAAGGACUGGGUACUACAAAGAAGAUUCCCGCCAAAGGCCUGGUUACCCAAGUUCUAAACCAAUCACGAGACAGACUCAAGGCAGCCUAGAAGCGGAAGUGACGUUAUCUGACAACCGUCGUGCGGUAGAGAUAAAGAAACUUCCGGUUAAAGAGAAACCGCGUUCCACAAAGUUUCGCCAUGAGCGUCGGCCGUCAGUCGGUUCGGAUGACGUAUUUGUUCCGAACAGUUCCGUUGCCAAUCCGAGUCUGACGUCACAUGGAAGCAAAACUGGCGACUUCUGGCGCUCUCGGUCACUCGAGGAUUUACUGAUUUCCGACGAUAGACCGAUGAAACAGUCGGAGCACGUCGUCCGAGCACAUAAUCAGAAAUUACCGAAAAGCUUUUCGGGCCCCAGGAGAGGCGAUCCAAGGUUGGCCGCUGCUAAAGCUGCGCAGCAAGGAAGGGGGCCUGGGAAUCAAGCUGGUGGUAAAAAAGUGGCGCCUCUAAAAGGAAUGGAAUAUGUUUUGUUUCAAUCCCAAAUGUAAGCCCAGCUGAGAGGUGUAACAGGUACAAAUUGAAUUUUGUUAAAUCGAACGAAACUACUGGGUGUAUAAAAAAACGAGACCUUUAGAAAUCAAGUUAUUGUUGGAAUUUGAAUGCAUAGCACUGGGUGGUGCGUAAACCAGAAUAGAAGUGAGUAGGAAAGUUUCCAACAUACGAAUUAUGUGCUGAUUAAUUUAACGCAGCGCGUAAAAUCUCGUUGCUCUGUGGUCAGUUUUGUUCGAAUUGGUGACAUGCAUUAUAUUUAAUAGGAGCUAUUUUAAAUUCCCAGGAGCAUAAAAUCUUGUGCUUAACAACAAUAGCUUGAUUUCUAAAGCUCUCGUUUUUUUAUACACCCUGUGGAUAUUGCACUAACAAUAUCGAACACUUACCUUUCUGGGGGAAUAAAGGGCCAAUACUUCUCUCGUAAUUAUGUUUCCUUGGAUAUAGACUCUCGCUUUCAUGACUGAGACUUGACUUUACAGAUUUUAAUUUUGUUACUGGUGACGUAAUUGUGACCCAAGAUUUCGCCACAAAAUGAGAAUUUUAUCACCAGCGAUAAGUUAAAAUGCUGUAAAACAAGAUUUCAGUUACGAAAAUGAGGCUCUCUAAGCCAAGCAAAGUAGAAUAAAGGGAAAUAAUUUUUUUCAAACUAACCAACUUCAAACUCAGUGGCGAAGCUAGCCAACAGGUGAUGCUAUGUAGAUUUCUAAUCAAUUUGCCUGAUGAUUCAAACCUUUAGAAGUGUAUUGUCUUUAACCUAUUUAGAUGCUGGCUGACCAGUUGCCAUGACAAGCUUCGCCACUGCUUAAAGCCGUUCAGUUAUGCGCUCUUACAAAAAUCGUAAUCUAUUAAUGAAUAAUGACCGUAGUGGACCAUUUGGACUGAAAUAGACAAUAUCGAAAUGGACCAAUUGUCAUUUAUAGUUAAAUAAGUGGGUGUCCUGAUGUAAAAUUCGUGAAAAAUUAACGCAGUAGAAUAUUUAGUAAUUAUAAAAUAGCAUGCAAUUGCAUGAUUGUAGCGCACGAUAUUCAAAUCAUUCAAAUAGAUGUAAAUCUUGCUUUUCACUUAUAAUACAUAAUAAUCUGCAAGAUAAUAUUUAAAAGAAUAUAUAUAGCAUUAACAUUGUAUUUUUGGAAUUACGUA